UCUCCCACGGUUUUCCAUCUCGAACCAUGGAUGUUCUCCCGGUUCAGACUUCUCGCUGUAAUAAUCAAUGAUUAAUUCAUGAUUAACCAUUAAUCACCUUGGAAUAUUUGCAAUUAUUUUAUCAUCACACCGACAGUCAUUAUCAUAGCGAAGGGUAAUGACUCGGAUGUUCACGCCGUAUUCGGUCCUCUCCGUUAAUCGUGUUUCAGACAGUGAGCGCGCUGUCCAAGGUGCCGCAGCAGAGCGGCCCCGCCCAUCCUCUCCUCCUUUUCUCACCCUCCAUUAGCCACGUGACGCACGGAGCAGCAGACUGCACCUUCUCCUCCUGGGUAAAGAGAGAGAGCGAGUUAGUGAGUGAGAGAUGCGUUUGCUACCACCGGGCUGUUUGAUCGAGAAAUGGCUGCGAUUGUUCUGGUUUCGGUAGGGCUAUCAAACGGGUAUUUGCCAAUGAAAGGUUUGGUUGCUGUCAUGUCCUCUCACAACGUGGUGAUUGUUAUCAGAUGAAAUUGAGAAAAUCGAUGAGUAGCCACAGUAAAAACGACCAGAAGAUGUGUGUGUAAGGUCACUGGAAAGAAAAGAGUGAUGACACGGCUGUGAGGGACAUACAUUCACAGCGCUGAACCCACGACCCCGCUGAGAGAGAGAGAACCUCGGGGGAGAUGCUCCGUCUGCUGACGGUGUGUGGCGGUGUAUUCUCUCUCUCUGAGGGGAACAUGAACUAACGAAGGCACCGAUAUGGAUCCCACGCUGCACCCGUCAUUUCUCUAACACACACACACACACACACACACACCAUUGAAGGAAGACGAGGGAGGAGGAAGGAGGAGACACAGACUAGCAGAUAGACUAUAGAAGACUAGAACUAGAAACACAGAGCUCUAGCACCACGUGACUGGCAGUCAGAGGAACCCUCUAUGGAGGGUGUAGGGUGCUAGGAAGGCUCCCAAGAAGACUGUAGGUUGCUACGAAGGCCCCCAAGAAGACUGUAGGUUGCUACGAAGGCCCCCAAGAAGACUGUAGGGUGCUAGGAACGGCUCUAAGAAGACUGUUGGGUGCUAGGAAGGGCUCUAAGAAGACUGUAGGGUGCUAGGAACGGCUCUAAGAAGACUGUAGGGUGCUAGGAAGGGCUCUAAGAAGACUGUAGGGUGCUAGGAACAGCUCUAAGAAGACUGUAGGGUGCUAGGAAUGGUGUUCGCACCAUGAGCUGUGUAGGUUGUGCUGCCCAGCUCUAGCCUGCGUGUGUGUGUGCGGUGUGUGUAUGUGUGUGCGCGUGUGUGUGAUGGCGGUGUGUGUGGGGGCCGCGGCCCCCCUGCUAUGUGUCUGGCUGUGCCUCUGUAGCCUUGGGGGAUCCAGAGGGGAGGUGCUAGAGUUUGGGGGGGUUUCGGGACAGUGGGGCCGGUUCCCGGUGUGGAACGCGUGCUGCGAGAGCAUUCUGUCGUUCAGCGUUAGAACUCACAGCGCGGACGGGCUGCUGCUUUACCUUGACGACGAAGGAUUCUGCGACUUCUUGGAACUCUUGUUGCUACACGGAAAACUCCGCCUACGAUUCUCCAUCUUCUGUGCCGAGCCAGCCGAGGUGAGUUCCGGGGUUGCCGUGAGCGACGGCCACUGGCAUGCCGUGCGUGUGAAACGGGACUGGAGGAACACAAGCCUUGAGGUGGAUGGAAAGAUGGAGGGAUGGGCGGAGGUGAAGAGCAAACGGAAAGACAUGACCGUUUUUAGCCACACGUUUAUGGGCGGGGUUUCCCCAGAGCUCCAUGCCUCUCCGCUCCGCCUCACUUCCCCUGGUGUAAGAGACCACGCCUCUUUUGCUGGCUGGCUCGCUGGGGUCACCGUCAACGGAUCGGUGGCCAUUCUGGAAGGAUCGGAGGGUGUUACCGUGGGAGACGGGUGUGGGCCGGCCCAUGAGUGUCAGAACGGAGGGGUGUGUUCUAUUGUCGAGAUGAGGGCCGUCUGCGACUGUACCGACACCGGCUACAAAGGCAACGACUGCAGCGAAGAACACUACAACCCAGGUCUGGCUCACCUGAUGAUCGGCGACCAAGGAAAGCUCAGAGCCCGUGAGGACGAUGUAGCAACCUUUAAGGGGUCAGAGUAUUUCUGCUAUGACCUGUCUCCCAGCCCCAUCCAGUCCUCUAGUGAUGAGAUCACCCUGAGCUUUAAGACCCUGCAGAGGAACGGUCUAAUGCUCCACACGGGCAAAUCAGCCGACUACGUCAACCUGGCCUUAAAGAACGGAGCCGUGUCACUGGUCAUCAACCUGGGGUCCGGGGCCUUCGAGGCCCUGGUAGAGCCGGUUAAUGGGAAGUUUAACGAUAACUCCUGGCACGAUGUCAAAGUCACACGCAACCUGAGACAGCACUCAGGCAUUGGACACGCUAUGGUGACCAUCUCCGUGGACGGCAUCUUGACCACUACGGGCUACACCCAGGAAGACUACACCAUGUUGGGCUCAGACGAUUUCUUCUACGUGGGUGGAAGUCCCAGUACUGCUGACCUCCCUGGAUCUCCUGUUAGCAACAACUUUAUGGGCUGCCUUAAAGAGGUGGUGUAUAAGAACAAUGAUGUACGGUUGGAGCUGUCUCGGCUGGCUAAGCAGGGAGAUGCUAAAAUGAAGGUGAGCGGUAUAGUGGCGUUUAAGUGCGAGAGCGUGGCGACCCUCGAUCCCGUGACCUUUGACACCCCAGAGUCGUUUGUGGCAUUGAGCAAGUGGAGCGCCAAGAAGGCGGGGUCAAUCUCCUUUGACUUCAGAACGACAGAACCCAACGGACUGAUGCUCUUCAGCCACGGGAAACCACGGCAACAGCAACGCAAGGACCCCCGCACACCCCCCAUCCUAAAGGUGGAUUUCUUUGCCAUCGAGAUGCUGGAUGGUCACCUGUAUCUUCUGUUGGACAUGGGCUCAGGAACCACCAAGACCAAGGCCAUCGACAGGAAAGUCAACGAUGGCGAGUGGUACCACGUCGACUUCCAGAGGGACGGGCGCUCAGGUACUAUCUCAGUGAACUCACAGCGUACAGCGUACACCGCUCCAGGGGACAGUGAGAUUCUAGACCUGGAUGAUAUCCUGUACCUGGGAGGAUUACCGGAGGACCGCCAAGGACUCAUCUUUCCUACUGAGGUGUGGACAGCGUUGUUGAACUAUGGAUAUGUGGGCUGUGUGAGAGACCUGUUUGUGGACGGUCAGAGUAAAGACAUCCGUCGGCUGGCUGAGGCUCAGAGGGCUGUAGGGGUGAAACCUUCCUGCUCCAGAGAGCCCCCUAAACAGUGUCUGUCCAACCCCUGCCAACACAGCGCCACCUGCAGGGAGGGCUGGAACAGAUAUGUGUGUGACUGCUCUGGGACCGGAUACCUGGGACGGGCCUGUGAGAGAGAUGCGACCAUCCUAUCCUAUGAUGGUAGUAAGUUUAUGAAGGUCCAGUUGCCCGUAUCGAUGCACACCGAAGCAGAGGAUGUGUCGCUACGUUUUCGCUCCCAGCGGGCCUACGGUGUUCUCAUGGCAACAACAUCACGGAACUCAGCCGACACGCUCCGACUGGAGCUGGACGGGGGGCGUGUCCGACUCACUGUCAACCUAGACUGUAUCAGGAUUAACUGUACCGCCAGUAAGGGUCCAGAGACCAUCUUUGCAGGGCUGGGGCUGAAUGAUAAUGAGUGGCACACGGUCAGAGUGGUGCGACGCGGGAAGAGCCUCAAACUCACCGUCGACGACCUGCAAUCUGUAGAAGGUCAGAUGGCAGGUGACCACACCCAGCUGGAGUUCCACAACGUGGAGACAGGCAUUGUGACGGAGAAGCGCUUCAUGCCCGCUGUGCCCUCCAACUUCAUAGGGCACCUGCAGGGCCUCACUCUCAAUGGGAUGCCCUAUGUAGACCUCUGUAAGAACGGCGACAUCGACUAUUGCGAGCUGAACGCUGUGAUUGGUUAUAAGAGCAUCGUGGCAGACCCGGUGACGUUCAGGUCACGGUCGAGCUACGUGACCCUGCCAACGCUCCAGGCCUACUACUCCAUGCACCUGUUCCUCCAGUUCAAAACCACCUCCCCGGACGGACUCGUACUCUACAACAGAGGAGACGGAAACGACUUCAUAGUGGUGGAGCUGGUCAAAGGCUACCUCCACUAUGUGUCCGACCUGGGGAACGGGGCUCACCUGAUCAAAGGGAACUCCAACUCUCCUCUGAAUGACAACCACUGGCACAACGUCCUCAUAUCCAGAGACACCAACAACCUGCACACUGUUAAGAUAGACACCAAGGUCACUACACAGACCACUAUGGGGGCCAAGAACCUGGAUCUCAAAGGUGACCUGUACGUAGGGGGCGUGGCUAAAGAGAUGUACCGUGACCUUCCCAAGCUCGUCCAUUCCCGCGAAGGCUUCCAGGGUUGCCUAGCAACCGUCGACCUCAACGGCCGAUUACCCGACCUGCUGGCCGACGCCCUUGCUACGACCGGACAGGUGGAGAGGGGCUGUGAAGGUACACACACACACACAGGUCCCAGUACUACCUGUCAGGAAGACUCCUGCGCCAGUCAGGGCGUGUGUUUACAGCAGUGGGAGGGAUUUAGCUGUGAUUGCAGUAUGACAUCAUUCGGGGGACCGCUCUGCAAUGACGCGGGGACCACUUAUAUCUUUGGUCGUGACGGGGGUGUGAUCGUGUACACCUGGCCUCCUAACGAGCGCCCCAGCACACGGGCUGACCGGCUGGCGCUGGGCUUCAGCACACAGCAGAAACACGCUACUCUGCUACGGGUUGACAGCGCCUCGGGACUGGGAGACUACCUACAGCUACAGAUAGAUAAAGGAAAUAUUCGGGUAGUGUUUAACGUGGGGACAGAUGACAUCAACAUUGAAGAGACUGCUAAAUCCGUUAAUGAUGGGAAGUACCACAUAGUUCGGUUUACCCGCAGCGGAGGCAACGCAACCCUGCAGCUGGACGACCUGCCAAUCAUAGAGCGCUACCCCUCAGGCAACAUUGAUAACGAGCGCCUGGCCAUCGCUAGACAGAGAAUCCCCUAUCGGCUCGGUCGAAUAGUUGACGAUUGGCUACUCGACAAAGGCCGCCAGCUGACCAUCUUCAACAGCCAGACGACGGUGACGGUAGGAAGAGGAAAGGAAGCAGGUCAGUUCCAGGGUCAGAUGGCCGGUCUCUACUACAACGGACUGAAGAUACUCAACAUGGCCGCCGAGGGACACGCCCACAUCCGCCUGGAGGGCAGCACACGAUUGGUUGGGGACAUGCCCUCCUCCUCCAUCACUCCCCAAUCCAGCGCUGCUGCCGGGGGCAACCGAUUAGAUCCCGCCUCCAAUGCCGGCGACAUCACCACGACAACCGCCACAAAUAAGAAGCAAGGAGGAGGAACUACGCAGCAGGUAGGAAACGAACUAUGACGCUAUCUAAGGCAUAAACAGGAUAACUUAGCUAUUCGUAACCUCACACAUAGAUUUUUAUAAAACAAUUAUUUCACCUUUAUUUAACAAGGCAAGUCAGUUCGGGAAAUAAAUUCUUAUUUACAGUGGCCUACCCUAGUC